GCUGCCACAGCAUUCACCUCCCUGUCUGUAGGCACUGGUAUGGCGGACGGGGAGCGAUCUCCGCUGCUUUCUGAUCUCAGCGAUGGGGGUGCAAGCGGCGGGGUGUUACCGAGUGCGCCUCCGUACGGGAUUCCCAACAAACCGCAAGGAUUCCCAGAGUUCUCCAGCUCGCAGCCCUCAGUCCUGCCUGGUGAAGACCCGCCCCCCUACUCCCCUAUGACCUCUCCAGAGAGCGGCAGUGCCCCCAUGAUCAGCUGCCGCGUGUGCCAGUCACUCAUCAGCGUGGAGGGCAAAAUGCACCAGCAUGUCGUCAAGUGUGGGGUUUGUAACGAAGCCACGCCCAUAAAGAACGCUCCUGCUGGGAAGAAGUACGUGCGCUGUCCUUGCAACUGUCUCCUCAUCUGUAAAGUGACGUCACAAAGGAUAGCCUGCCCCCGUCCAUACUGGUGAGUAACUUACCCCCCCCCCCACCGUGUAAAGCUCCCGCGGGAGCGAGGGCCCGCGGGAGCGAGGGUGACCUGCGGGCACUGCAAAAACACCUUCCUGUGGACAGAAUUCACAGACAGGACAUUAGCACGCUGCCCGCACUGCAGAAAAGUGUCCUCGAUUGGGAGAAGAUACCCUCGUAAGAGAUGCUUGUGGUGCUUCUUGUUGGGUCUCCUGUUUGUCAUCACUGCCGGUGGCCUUGUAGCUGGCACGUGGAAGCCUGCUCGGCAGUAUGGUGGAAUCUACGCUUCCUGGGCCGCGGUCGUUCUACUGGCGGUCAUCUGCAUGGGCCGAGCGUGCCACUGGGCCUGUAUGAGGGUCAGCCAGCCAGUGCAGAACUUUGCAUAAAAACAGCAGCACGUUCUCAGGAGGGGAACAGAACAGAGCGAGGAACAGAAGAGAGAGCCUUUUCGUGAGGUGGUCAG